GUUCUCUCCGCCUUCCAAGAGCCAUCACUGCCCCAGCCCCUGGACAGGAAAGGGGCAGGAGUAGGUGGCAACCCCAGCACCCAGGAUGUUCACCACGACCAGGGCUUUAGAAGAGACUCUACUCCAGCACUUCAUAUACCAGAAGCUGGAGAUUGCCUAUGCCAUAUACAAGCCAUUUCCCUUCCUCGAAGGCCUCCGAGACAACUCCUUCAUCACUGAGACAAUGUACAGGGAGUCCAUGGAAGCCUACAGAAAUCAGGUCCCUAUAACGAGAGUGGUGUACAACAUCCUCACCCACCUGGAGAAGAUGUUUAAUCUGUCAUUUCUGCAGAUGUUGUUCAGCCGAAUUAACCUGCGUGAAUACCCCAACCUGAUGACGAUCUUCAAGAGCUUCAGAAGUGUUGUCAUUUCCUAUGGAGGAUGGAACAGAGCUGGGCCUACCCUCCUUGAAGCCCCAGCCAACUCAACAGAAGGGGGCUCCCUCCAGACCCUGCUGUCACUGCCCGCACCCCAGCACCCACUGCAGAGCCUCCCGCCCCGUGCACCCAGUGUCAGCGAGCCCAGUGCCUCCACCCAGCAGAGCGGUGAGAUCCGGGGUGAACCACCCAGCCCCCCUGGCCCUGCUGUGGCCCUCCCCAGAGCCGCCCAGGAGGGAAGAAUCACUCCAGAAGACUCACAAGAGAUGCCUGGCACUUCUCCUGCCACUGUGCAAGAGAUAAGAGAUGACUCACCUGAACCAAAUGACCCCAAAGAGCCCCAGGAGGCAUCCAGCACACUUCCCAACAAGAAAGGAAAGAAAAGAAAAAGAAGUAUCUGGUCAACUCCAAAAAAGAGACACCAGAAAAAAAGCCUCUCUAAAGGGAGAGCCUCGCCUGAACACAGAAUCCAAGAGAAGCUCCGAGUGGUGGAUCAGACAACUGAAAGGAAGGACAAUUCAACCAGGAAAUCAAAGGUCGUGACGACGGUCCAAAAGGCAAAGACGGGAUGUACCCAAACCUUUGGACCAGAGGAGAUCAGUGAUGACUGUUCAGAAAUGAAUGAAGAAAAGAGACCCCAGGAGCCGCCCAGCACACCACCAAGCAUCGUGCAUGCAGCCUCACCUGAACACAAAAUCCAAGAGAAGCUUCAAGUGGUGGAUCAGACAACUGAAAGGAAGGAUGAUUCAACCAGGAACUCAAAGGUCAUGACGAGAGCCCAAAAGGCAAGGACUGGAUGCACCCAAACCUCUGAACCAGAGGAAAAGAAAAGGAAAAAAGAUGUCAGUUCGAGUUCAACCAGAAGGUGUCAGAAAAAUAUUCCCCCAAAGAAAAAACCCAAAGAUGAAUUUGUGGAUUUUCACUCUCCUCAACUUCCUGUGACCUGUGGUGAAGCUAAAGGGAUUUUAUAUAAGGAGAAAUUGAAACAAGGAUCCUCAGAGAAGUGCAUUCAGAACGAAGAGGGAGUUUGGUUCACGCCAAAGGAAUUUGAAAUUGAAGGAAAACGGGCAACUUCAAGGAAAUGGAAGCAGAGUGUACAUUGCAGAGGAAAGACCUUAGAAGAGCUGCUGAAGAAAGGACUUUUGCUCGGUCCUCCAAGAAUAAGUGUCAAGAGAAAGGUGGAAAGCUCCAAAGAAUGUGAGGUGUGCUGUAGAGGGGGACCACUGCUCUGCUGCAUCACUUGUCCAAGAGCCUUUCAUGGGGACUGUCACAUCCCGCCUGCAGAGGCCGAGAGGAGCCCGUGGAGUUGCACCUUCUGCAGGAUGGAGUCUUCAGGAAGGCAGCAGUGUCACAGGGAAUCUGAGGUCCUGGAGAGGCAGAUGCAGCCCGAGGAGCAGUUGAAAUGUGAGUUCCUCCUCUUGAAGGCCUACUGUCACCCACAAAGCUCCUUUUUCACAGAAACCCCACAUAAUAUUCGCGAUUACGGGGAGCCCUUUCAGGAAGCCAUGUGGUUGGACCUGAUUAAGGAAAGGUUGAUGGAGAGAGUGUAUAGUGUGACGUGGUUUGUUCGGGACAUGCGCCUGAUCUUUCACAACCAUAAAAUGUUUUACAAGACUUCUGACUUGGGUCAGAUAGGAUUGGACUUGGAGGCAGAAUUUGAAAAGGACCUCAAAGACAUGUUUAGUUUUUGCAAAGCCAAAGAGAACAGCUUCCAGACUCUUUGACCCUGUUCUAGAAAGACUAGGGAACCCCAACUUCAGGAUCCAGAUGAUGCGACCUUGCCCAUCUUUAGCCAGCCAGUGAGUCUAGAAUGUUAUUGGCUGCCCUCUUGACUCAAAAUCAGAGCCUUGUACCAUCAUCACACCGGUCUUUUCUUACUACACCUAAAAGUGUGUGUGUGUGUGUGUACACACGUGCGUGCAUGUAUGUGUGUAAAAUAUACCUCUCAUCCCCAUCCAGGGUCUCUUCCUUCUCAGUAUUUACAUCUCUCUUCUCCCACAGUAUAUAUACUCACUUGCUCAACUAAAACUACAACAAUACUAUAACAAUGGCUUCAGAAUUUCUACCCCUACACCACUAUGAAAAAGAAACUCAGUUGGAUUCUAAAUUUGGGUACAAUUUAUUUUUGCUUUUAUAUAUGUAUUUCAUAUACCAUUGCAGAGAAUAUUUUUCAGAAUUUUCACUCCUGUACUUAUGAAAGAGGUUGGUCCUCACACUUCUGUGUCCUAUCACGUAAGGCUAUCCCAGCUGGGUACAAUAACGUAGGGCUAUCCCAGCUGGGUACGAUAAUGCCUAACACCCUCUACCUUUUUAUGUGCUCUGGAAUAUUUAUACUGUUUUCAAAGAACCAGCUCAUAAAAUUAUAUAUCCUGCUGUUCUUUGGAGAAGUAAUAUUGACCAUGAUCUCUGCUUUUUCAUGGUCAUUCGACUACUCAGGUAUUCUCUUGCCUUUGAAUCAGGUCCACUUUUAUAGUUGCCUAUGAAGUCAUUCAUCCAUGUGUUUUUUGUAGUUAGCCUUAUUUCUACCAUAUCAUUUUAUUCCUUCUCUUCAGAAUACUUUCCCAUGAUUUUCGUCAUUUUCUUUGUUUCCACCCUCUUUUCUGGAAGGCAUUUGUAACAGUUUUUAAUUCUCCCAAUACUUAUCUGCAAGUUUUGCAAAUGUAUUUUUAACUUAUUUUUUUGAAAUGUCGGAGCCAAGGGGUGGC